ACCCUGACAUAGAGGUGCUUGUCAAUCUACCAUGUGAUCGAGCUUUACAAGCGAAGCGCGCGACAUACGGUGGCCCCGCCCCCCAUCCAUCUCUGGGCUACACAAGCAGGAUUUUCUCUUACGGAGGUUCCCCCCAGCCUACGGAAAUCAUGUCUCACACCUCACAGAAGCAUCGAGACUUUGUGUCUGAGCCCAUGGGCGAUAAACCAAUUACAGCUCUAUCUGGUAUUGGAGAGGUUCUUGGAAGCAAAUUAGAAGAUCAAGGUUUUGAUAAGGCGUAUGUGCUUCUGGGCCAGUUUCUUAUUUUAAGGAAGGAUGCAGACGAACUCUUUACAGACUGGCUAAAGGAUUCUUGUGGGGCCAAUUCCCGCCAAGCAGAGUUGUGUUCCUCCUGUCUGAAGGAAUGGUGUUCAUCUUUCCUAUGAUCUAUUCUCCAGUCUAUAUAUUUAUCUAGCAAGGGUCUUGUCAGUGUUAGGUUUUACGUGCUGUCUAAUUCAUUGUUUCAGAAAUUGUUCAGAGUCUUAAUGAAUAAAAAUAAAGUUAUCUCUCCAUCUA